AGUCAACAGAAGUUCGAGAGCGAUCAAAUGGAGAGGGUUGCCAGGUACGCGGCGGAGCGCGGAGUCGAUGUGCCUGGCACGGGUGGUGUGAGGGGAGGAGAGGCGGGGCAGCAGCCCCUGGAGGGAGCGUCAGGAGGGGUCGGGGGAGAUGGUGGAGGUGGAGACACGGAGGAGGGCGCGAUCGACGUCGAUCGCGAGGCGCGUGUCCCGGGGGAGCAGGGAGUCCCGAGACACGAGGACGUGCCUGAGGUUUAUCCAGGCACUGGGGAGAGGAUGGAGGGCUUUUUGAGGCGAGCAGCCAAGGGACCUGUAGAGGAGGGUUCUUCCAAGAGGAAGGAAUGUGGAACAGAUCCGCCCGCCGCCCCAGCUGGGAAGAGGCAUCGCCAGCAGAAGGUUACUGACGUCCUUCUUGAGCAGCCUGGCAGUUCCCCGCGCGCUGUGCUCCACAGCCACAUCGAGAUUGCGAGUAUGGAGGCGGUGGAGACCCACCGUGAGGAGCUGGCGGAGGAGUUGGAGGAGGUGAGGCAGCCGUUCUGGAUCACUGGUGCCACCCUCCUCUCCGACGGGAGGAAAUCACGAGACGGGAGACCGAUCGUGAAUUUCCUUGCCGCCGGCUCGCGAGGGGUUGUCGUCUACACGACGAUCAAUUGCGAGGGCGAGCCGGACAAUGCAGUGCACGUCCUUCGGAGAUGGGUGACCAUCUUCCACGAGUUCAGUUUCGGCAGCCCGCAACAGGUCAAUGCGAUAUGCACAAACUCCGCAUCGGCGAGGAGGGGGGACCGUCGGCAGCAGCAGUGGAGGGGGAAGAUGGCAGUGGAGGGGGGAUUGGCGGACACAACGAUUGCAGGUGUGGUGGACCAGAUAGUUGUAGCAGCAGCGGCUUCAUUGCUAGAGGAGAUGGAAGCUUCAGUGUUGGCGGAGGAGGCACCAGCGCCAGGGAGAGCAGAUGCAGUGGAGGGGCAGGCGGGAGCAGCGGGAGGAGCAGCUCGAGGAGCAGCCGGUGGAGCAGCUGCACUGGAUAGGCUUGCAGCGAGACGAGGGUCGGAUGCAGUGGGGGGGGGAAUGCCAGGAGCAGUGGAGGAGGAGAUAGGGGCACAGGCGAAGGUUUCGCGUGGGGGCGGCGACGAGCGCUUCAUGCAGCAGUUCCUCACGGAGCAGUACGAUCCGGUCAUGGCGGGUAUGACCCCAGGUGUGGCGAGGGGGUUGGGGAUGUCGGAUUCGCAGAUAGGGAGCCAACUGGACUUAGAUUUGUCGAUGGGCCUUCCACCUAGUUGCGGCGGGGCGACAUCGACGGAUCGCGCUCCAUCGAGGGACGACACGGCUGGAGAGAGUCUCACGCAGCCCCAUAGAGCGGUGGAUGAGGCUGUGCAGGCAGGACGGCGGCGAGACGAGGGUGUGGGUGACGCACGAUGUGUGGUCCGGGAGACAACGACAGGUCUAGUCGUUCCGUUCUCGGGCCUGCACUUGGCUCAGGGCCGACAGUCGCAGCCGGUGCCGGUGGAAGUGCAUGGUGUGCCGCCGCCCGUUAUCACGGAUUUGGGGCCCGAGCCGGUGGUUGCGCCACUGCGUCUUCCUAGUCACUUUGCUCCGCAGGAGGUCCGCCGUCCUUUGGAUGCAGACGAGUUGGCGAGAGAGGCUGUCCGCGAUGUGACUUGCUUGGACCGGCGGGUCAUUGACCAGAGGCUACAACAUCCACCAUGGCAGGCGAUCCCUCCAGAUCCAUGGGGUCCUGCAUCGCCGGUGUGGUCUGGGUCUACCUCCACCGGAGCACGUACGGCGGGAGAUGUUCCAGGGGUUUCAGGUGGCGUCGUGGAGACGGCGCCACGUUCACGAGACAUGCCACCCCCUCCUCCUAGACCACCUGUAGGUGAUCCGUCAUCGUCGCCCACAGGCAGAGGCUCUCGAUCUCCACACACGCCUAGGAGGUCUAGGAUUCGGGACACUACAACCGUUGUGGGGGACGUGAGUGACACAACGUUGUUCGGGAGGACAGACAUAGAUUUGGAUUCCACCCGCCGUGUCACGGAGCACAGUGCGCGUCUACAGCCGGGUUUGGGACCCCGCGGCGGCAGGAUGACCGCAGCAAGGGAGGUGGCUGCAUCAGGUUGUGAGCCUCAGCGAGGUCGCGACAGAGGAGUGUCCGCCGAUAGCUUGGAGUACGCUCUGAUGGCAGCGACGCCUGCCGUACAUGAGCAGACUCCACGCAAGCGCAGAGUGCCUCCUCGUCCACGCCCUGUACCCGCAGAGGGAGGAGAUGCACUUGGAGAGACUUCGGGGGCAGAGGGGUUGGGGAUGCCUCGUGGAUCGCGCCGUGAGCAGACGGUUAUAGAGGCUAGUGCGAGGGUUGUUGUGUUGAGGAAGGCAGGAGCCCCUGUUACCAUCGAGGAGGAUGAUCUUGAGACAGAUGUGGCAGUGCGGGAGGAGGACGAGGACUAUGAGGGCGAGGAGGAGUGAGAGGAGGAGAGCAAGAGAGGUUCCGAUGGUGACUACGACCACGACGAGC